CUCAAAAAGUUACAGCCAAUUAUUACACCAACUCAACAAAAACUCACACAUGAAUAAAUAAAAGCACAACUCACACAGCAUAAAAAGAACAUAAAAAUUAUUAAAUUCUAUUUGUGAAUCUCACAUACUCAUCUGCUGAUGGACCAUCUCAAUAGUGCCAAUGGCGCCAUCCACCAUUACAAAGGUGUCUCCACCGAUCGAACGUUCGACGUCGAACCACCACUAGCUAGCUAGCUAGCCAUGCCCCUCCUGCUGCAGCUGGCGCUCGCCGUCGCCGUCGCCGUCGCCAUGGUCGGCACGGCAACGACGACGACGACGCACACGCGGUUCUACAUGCACGACACGGUGACCGCGUCGGCGUCAGGGGGCGGGCCGGCGGCGACGGCGGUGCGCGUGGUGAGGGGCGUGGCGGCGGCGGCGCUGCCGGGCGACGCGGUGAACCGGUUCGGAGACCUGUACGCCAUCGACGACCCGCUGACGGACGGCGCCGACGCGGCGUCGUCCGCCGCCGUGGGGCGCGCCAGGGGGUUCUACAUGUUCUCGUCGCGGACGGACUCGGCGCUGCUGUUCAGCGCCACCAUGGAGUUCACGGCGGGGGUGCACCGCGGCGGCGCCGUGUCGGUGCUCGCCAGGGACGCCAUCCUCGACGAGGUGAGGGAGCUGCCGGUGGUCGGCGGCGCCGGCGUGCUCCGCGGCGCCGCCGGGUACGGCCUCCUCAGGACGCACUCCUUCAACGCCACCACCAACAACGCCGUCCUGCAGAUCGACUUGUACCUCAGCGUGUAGAAGAUCGACUACAAGUUCUUGCACACGAUCUUAAUUGCGCUUACCGUGUACUUACCGACUACAAGUUACUCAAAGGUGUUGAUUCCAUAUAUUUUCAUUCCACGGAGGAGGAAGAAUUUGUCGGUUUUAAAUGAAUUAGCACAUAUGAGUCAAUAUUUAUGAGUGGUUUUGUAAUUGUAUAGGUUCAUUACAAGCUAAGAGUUCAAAGCUUGUCUUAUACUCCCUCCGUUCAUGUUAUAAGAUGUUUUGACUUUACACAAA